AUGUUUCCACCAAAGACAAAAUAUGCUGCUUAUUUGGCGCUCAAGUUUGUAAAUGGGUGCGACAAUAACCUUCCAUCUGCUAAAUCAAAUAUUAGGUUUGUUAAUUAUGAGAGUGAAAUUGAUGUUGAAAAUCAGGCCAACACUGUGCACCUUCCAAGAUUGCAAGAAAGUGGGGGUAUCCCAAAAAUGAGAGGAGAUGGAUCUAGAACAGAAGGUCAUUGCAGUGAUGUUGACGAAGUAGCCUAUCUUAAAUGGAUAAUUGCUUGCUUGCGAUAUGAGCUGAGGAACUAUCAGUCUGCCCUAGGUGAAACAACUGCAAGGGAUCUCAGUAAAUCGUUAAGCCCCGAAUCUAGUAAGAAAGCCAAGCAACUAGUUGUUGCAUAUGCAGCUAAAGAAAACCAAGGGGACAGGGGAAUCCAUGUUUUGGAGCUUGAUUCUAACCAGUUAUCCUCCCAAGAACCACAUCUAAUGAAUUCAGGUGAGUUUGAUGGUACUUCAAUUUCUAAUUCUUCAGCCCAUAAAUCUGACACUUUAAACAAAAGUAAAAUCUUUCGUAAACUUAUGAGACUAAUACGGGGAAAGGACCAUCAUCAUAAUCAUUCAAAAAUGGCUCACAACACUGAAGAGAAUGCAGCAAGAUGCACUUAUUAUUCUUCUGGGUACUGUUUAGAUAUGUCUGUCGUAGAUACUGGAGCUAUUAGGCCCCAGAGCAGAUCAAGAACACCAUCUCCAGGUUCAUCCAAACAAUUUAUAGAAUUCCAUUCAUUUGAUCAAGCAUCUACAACCAAUAAUAAAGGAGAAAGCAGAAACUACCCGACACGUACAAGGAGAUAUAGUGAUGUGGGCUCAUUAGAUUAUAUGUCAAAACAUCUCGUUGAAUCACCUCAAGAAAAAGGAAAUAACCAUGACCAAGAAGAUGUUCAUAAAGCUGAGUUGGCAAAAUAUGCAGAAGUUUUGAAAGGAUCUCUCUAA